GAUCACAAGCAGAGCGCGAUCCGCUGCAGAGUGAGUCAUUUUGAGCGAUGAUCAUAGGCCUACCACUUUUCUACAAUAAUUCUAAGUUGGGUAAAAACAUGAAAAUAAACGAUGUUAGAUCUAAUGAUCAAAAGAAUGUAAAUGCUGAUCGACUUACCAACUGCGUAAAAACGCAUGGCGGUGAGCACUUGAAGGUGCACUGGCACCGCAUUAGUGCGACUCGUGUGUCUCUCCAAAGCUGGCGUAAGUUCUUCAAUAAUGUGUAACGCAGUGUGCUUAGUGAAGCGAUACCGCUGCAGAAAAUCGUUGUUCUCAUAAAUAUGAAAGGGGUUUUUCCUUUCCACCAACGGCCUCUCGAUCUCUUCUUCUUGAUUAUUCAGCUCGAGCAUUUGCUCUCCCCGUCGCAAGGCAGCAAGCAGAUCAGCCAUUUUGAAAGUUAAACCAUGGUUUAAACUACCCCUAGGCGGAGUCUAAAUUUUGCGCAAGUUAGACUCGACUUAGACCGAGGUUUUAAGUUAAACCGGACUUCAGAAAGUGAAUUCUUAAACCCGCGGUCUAAAGUGAGAUUUAGACUGGAGUUAGACCGGACUUAAGCCGAGGUUUAAGUUAAACCCGACUUCAGAAUACGGGCCAGAAUAUCAAAGUCCAUAUUUAUGGCAAAUUCACAGAAUAUAGCCAUGGAGAACAUCACAAGGCAACUCCAAGGCAAGGUGUUCAUUCAACGAGACUACUCUGAAGGCACAGGAGUUAAAUUCCAGACAAAGCUUCCUCAAGAACUCGUAGAACGGAUUGAUCAAACCAGGUUCGAGUUCACCAUCAACAAACUGAACGAGUUUUAUGCAGAGGCUGAGAGGUUAGGUGCAAGGACUUACUGUGAAAGCUGCCUUGCAUGUUUGACAGCCUACACAGUCCUUGUCUGUAUGACUACACAUUAUGAUAAGUGUGUAAAAAAGGCAGGACUAUUCAUACAGCAGCAGAAUGAUGAAAUCUAUGCUCCACGAGGGUUGGUCAUCACAGACCCGUUUACAAGGGGACUCAGAGUUAUCGAGAUCACAGUGUAUGCCACAGACACAUGAUAAGAGUAUGGCCAUGGGAACUCAUGGUUGUAUCUACUUAUGGCGUAACGAUCGUCAAUCAGGGCACGGAAUACCAACAUCUCUCAUGUAAAUAGCCUGACCAAGUAAUUUUCAUACCUGUUUUUAUGUAAAUAUAAAUAUGACUAUGAAUAUAAAAGUAUAACGAUAUUCGUAACGUCUCAAAAAUUUAUAUGAUCUAAUGCUUUUAACAGUUAUUCUUCAUACUGCUGAUACUCUUCCUACUAAUGGCUAAAUGAAAUGUAAUUCUGAAAAGUAUAUUAAAAUAUGUAACAUUGUAUUAAAGUAUACAUGUUAAUUGAGAUGAUAGUGUAAUUCAAGAUUUUAAUUUAAAAAAUAGUGUAGCACUUGGUUUCUAGCAUGAUACUAGUGAUUAAUGACAUUCUGAGACCAAUUUUUUAUCUUGAUUAGAAUAUGAUUAGCCUCUAUUUGAUAUUAGGGGAGGGGAUGCAUAUUUUAAAAACUCAUCUCAAUGUAGAUUUCAUGAAACCUCUAAUCGUUAAACAUGAAGCAUCCCAGUUGGACCUAAGAGAUAGGUGAUGAUAUCAUUAAUUUUGAACGUGGCUCUCAAUUAAAUUAAAUUUUACAAGUGGUGUUCAUUGAGGUUCACACAUGUUCCAUAAUUUAUACCCACAUGAAAAAAACACACCAAAAAAAAAACCACACAGAUGGAGCUGGAUCUUUCAUACUUGCACAUUUAUUGGCACAAUAUAUACAUGUAGAUGAGACUCUGAGAGCUAUACGUGUAAAAAGCUAAUUAAUGCACAAGUUACUUGAAAGGAUGAAGGUUUAUGAGUGGAUAUAUCAUAGUAUUAAUUGUACAAUUAAUAGGGAGAGGAGACUAGGACUUUGUGCAUUUGAUUCUUGUAAUGAUGAUAAAAGUGACUAUGAAGUAUGAGAUUUCAAGUUUUGUUGUACAUGUAUGUCAAUUGAAAUAAGGCAAUGGUGGUAUGUUCUAACUGUAUUGUUCUGGCCUUAAUUGUUGGCAAAUGUGAAUGUUGAACAAAUAUAUUGAUGUGUGUUUUCUUUCACACAAACAUGCAGCAACCCCUUCAAUUUCCCAACAUCACAGAAAUAGCAAUGUUGUAGCCAAACAGACCUGGGGUUGUUUCACAAAGAGUUAAGUGUGAGUUAAGUUAUGCCUAAAUGCCAACAUGCACACAUUAUUCAAUGCUUUAAUCUGAUUGAGAGAUAUGAGGCAGUGCAUGUCUUAUGAUCUGACUGAUGCUGCAAUGCGCUAUAUAUGUACUGAAGCUAUUGAAAUGCAAGUGCUACUCUAAGUAGGCUUGUGAAACACCCCCCGCUGGUGGCUAUAGUAAGGUUUUAUAACUUGUCAAGUCCAGGCCAAAUAAAUUAUUUCCUUUAUAGAUGAUGGACAUGACAGAAAAGGUUUGAUCAAAGAACUCAAAAGAAAUUGAUUUCUUAUUAACUGUUGAUAUUUGGUUGUACAAUACAGUAGUGCUGAAAAUGUAAUGAACCCUACUAGAAAAUGCACUCCUUGAUGCUGAGUGUUAAAUGUAGACAACAAUGUCUGGUGAGCACACAGAAACAAACUAUAAUGAAUGUAAUAUUCUAUCACUUGACUUCACAAUUGAAAUCUAAAAGAUGGUAGAAAGUUGAACCCAUACAUGUAUGUCAAUUUUCUGAUGGGGUUCACUAACUUUUUAGCACCACUGUAUGUAAAGUGAUGAAAAUUCUCACAAAUCUUACUUAAAGAUGCCUCUUAAUCAAUUAUUUGACAUCCUUGAAAUGUCCACAAGAGCUCAUAUAAUUAUGAUUUUACUCACUUUACAUACUACAUGUAGGUCAAUUACAGGCUAUCUGAUUUCUUCUGGCAUCUUUGAGACCAGUAUGUUUUACCCUAUAUAUCAUCAGAAUGAGAAAAGAUUGCAUUCCUUACAUAUGAAUCAAACUUUUGAAGGCUCUUGCAGAGGGUUUUUGUCUCACCUGCAUAGCAGAGUGAGACUAUAGGCGCCGCUUUUCCGACGGCGACGGCGGCGGCGGCGACGGCGACGGCGACGGCGGCGUCAACACCAAAUCUUAACCUGAGGUUAAGUUUUUGAAAUGACAGCAUAACUUAGAAAGUAUAUGGACCUAGUUCAUGAAACUUGGCCAUAAGGUUAAUCAAGUAUUACUGAACAUCCUGCCUGAGUUUCAUGUCACAUGACCAAGGUCAAAGGUCAUUUAGGGUCAAUGAACUUAGACCAUGUUGGGGGAAUCAACAUCAAAAUCUUAACCUAAGGUUAAGUUUUUGAAAUGUCAUCAUAACUUAGAAAAUAUAUGGACCUAGUUCAUGAAACUUAUACAUAAGGUUAAUCAAGUAUCACUGAACAUCCUGCAUGAGUUUCACGUCACAUGACCAAGGUCAAAGGUCAUUUAGGGUCAAUGAACUUUGGCCGAAUUGGGGGUAUCUGUUGAAUUACCAUCAUAACUUUGAAAGUUUAUGGAUCUGAUUCAUGAAACUUGGACAUAAUAGUAAUCAAGUAUUACUGAACAUCCUGUGCAAGUUUCAGGUCACAUGAUCAAGGUCAAAGGUCAUUUAGGGUCAAUGAACUUUGGCCAAAUUGGGGUAUUUGUUGAAUUACAGCCAUAAAUUUGAAAGUGUGUUGGUCUAGUUCAUAAAACUUGGACAUAAUAGUAAUCAAGUAUCACUGAACAUCCUGUGCGAGUUUCAGGUCACAUGAUCAAGGUCAAAGGUCAUGUAAGGUCAAAGAACUUUGGCCACGUUGGGGGUAUUUGUUGAAUUGCCAUCAUAUCUCUAUAAGUGUAUUGGUCUAGUUCAUAAAACGUGGAAAUAAGAGUAACCAAGUAUCACUGAACAUCUUGUGCGAGUUAUAGUAGUUUUCAAAAUCAGCACUGCUGCUAUAUUGAAUCGCGUGAUGCAGGUGAGACGGCCAGAGGCAUUCCACUUGUUAUUAAUAUAAAAGCCUUGGACACGCUGCCAAGUAUGAUUUAAUUUCCAUUUCUUAAUCACUGCAAAUAUGACAGAUUCUGGAAAAUUGGCAUUGACAACCUAAUUGUUCCAAUGAGCUUGUGUUUGAAGCUCCUCAAUUGUUCAAAGGUUUUUAAUUCAAUGUAGUAAUCAUGUAGAGAAACAUGGGAUGAUAUAUUUUUGCACUCUUCAAUGUACAUACAUGUACAGUGUAUCAAGGAAAUAAUAAUUAUCAAUUUUCAUACAGGCUUUCUGAAGACCUUGGUUUGAAAAAGUACUGCAUUUCCACCUUUUGUUCUUUUUUCAGAAAAAGGAACAUUUCUCUACUAUAGUAUAUUCUCUACAUGAAUAUAUUGGAAUGUGAUAUUAGAAAAUGUGUUCCGUAAAAGAUUAAGUUUUGUUCAGACAGGUUUCUACCUUAGUCCUGAAUAGUAUCGAUAAUUCAAAUAUCAUCCAAACUAGAUAAAGUACAUAUCGAUAAUUCAAAUUUCAUAAAAACUAGAUAAAGUACAUGUACUUUUUGAAACCAAGGUCUUAGUUGGUGUUUUUAUUUCCAUAUGGUUUGUAUAAUGGUAUAAAUGUCUUUGUUUUAGUGCAUUUUAUUUUUGUAUAUUUCAGUAGUUGUGUGUGUACAUGUAUUUGUUCAGAAUUUAUUUCCAUGUACCCUUGUGUAAAGUAAACAAAUGGAAGAUAUCAUUAUUAACUUAUCUUGUCAUCGGUCAUCAAUGUCUUUGCAUAAUCCUCACUCUUCAUGCACUGUUUUAUGUACAUUUGGGAUGAUAAAAUCAAUACUACAGUAUGCAAAAGUGAAACUUUCAACACAAGAUAGUUGAUCACCGCAGUCAAAACAUUAUUUUUUGGAAUUCAAAAGAUCAUGCAAAUCUUCUGAUUUGAACAGAUUUCUGUUAUUCCUAGAUUUAUUUGCCUUAGGCAGGCAGCUUUAACUCUAUAUCAUGGCAUACACACGUAUAUGUUUCAUGCACUAUAUGAAAUAGUUCAGGUCUAUGCAAUGGACCAUGGCUUUCCUAUUGUAUUUCUUUUAAAAUUCUAAAUAUUUGUUAGUAAAUCACCCAGAUUGGAUAUUAAAUUCUUAUGAAUUGUAUAGCUUGUUCCCAUGAUAAUGAUUCAGAAGAAGAUUAUUUACCGUUACAGAAAAUAGCAGGAGAUAAUUUACUGUCAUCAAUCAUUGACUGCCAAUUUCCCUUUUGAUUUUUUUUCUUUUUUUAAAUGAACGAAAGGUCACAUAAUUGUAAAAGGUAAUGAAAUUGAAUUAUGUGUAUUGUGGAUAAGAUCAAGAUUAUUUGUAAAAAAGAGAUUAUUUGUGUAAUAUAUUUGCUAUAAUCAGGCUCAUGCGCUAUUGUAUUUAUAAUGUCAUUUCCAUAUCCAAAUUAAAAAUUAAAAAAAUAUCUAAAAAAACUAAAAAAUUAAAAAUGUUUUCAUGUAAUGUGUGGAUUUUUUUUAUUUUGUGGUGAUACUAUCAUUGUAUGCUCAUAUUUAGACAAACAACUUCGGUCUCUGUAUUUUGGUUGUUCCGCUGAACUGCGUUGGCUCACUCACCAAUACAUAUGGGGAUGAUAGUACAAUGUCCGAAAUUGUUAAAUAAAUCCCCAGAAACGACGGUUACUCCUGUCUAG